AUGGCGACAAGUGAUGUAAAGCUACUAGGUGCGUCGGCAAGCCCCUUCGUCAAUCGGGUCCAAGUAGCUCUCAACGUGAAAUCCAUCGACUAUGAGUUCAUUCAAGAAAAUCUCAAUCCCAAAAGCGAGCUCCUCCUCAGAUCAAACCCAGUGCACAAGAAAAUCCCAGUUCUUAUCCAUGGAGAUAAGCCAAUCUGUGAGUCCCUUGUCAUCGUCCAGUACAUCGAUGAAGCCUGGACUAAAGGCCCCUCCAUCCUCCCUUCUGAUCCCUAUGAUCGCGUCACUGCUCACUUUUGGGCAACCUAUAUUGAUGAUAAGUGGUUUCCGUUGUUCAUGGAGCUGAGAAUGGCACAAGGGGAGGAGGAGAAGUCAGUACUGAUAGAGAAAAUAGUUGAGGGGUUGGUGUUGUUAGAGGAAUUGUUUGUCAAAGGUGGAAAAGGAAGGGCUUUCUUUGGUGGUGAUAGCAUUGGGUACCUUGACAUUGCUCUGGGUUGCAGUUUGGGGUGGCUAAGGAUGGUAGAGUUAACGACGGAAGUGAAGCUGCUUACUGAAACCAAGACACCAAAGUUGUUGGAAUGGGCUGAAAGGUUUAGUUCAGCUCAAGCUGUCAAAAAUGUAAUACCAGAGCCUGAGAAACUCAUAGAGAUUCUUAAGAUGUAUCAGUCCAGGGCAAAAGCUGCUCCUGCAAAUUAA